AUGGCGACCAGCGCCUCAGCUUCGCGGCUACAAAGUCCAGGCGACCGAAAUCUCAAAAAUGUUGUGCUGGGAGACCUCCUCUUCAAACCAUGGUACCAGUCCAUCUAUCCAGAAGACCUGAUUCCCAAAGACGCCGAUUGUCUCUAUGUUUGUCGUUGGUGCUUUCGAUACUCUUGUGACGACGAAGCUUUUGCAACUCAUACCUCGGCUUGCGAGUUUUGUACAACCCCACCUGGUACCAAAGUGUACGACCAUGGUGGAUAUGCGGUGUGGGAGGUUGACGGAGAGGAAUACAAGCUCUUUGGGCAGAACUUGUCGCUUUUUGCCAAACUUUUCCUCGAUCACAAGACAGUCUUUUUUGACGUUGCGACAUUUCUCUACUACAUUUUGACUUUCACUGACCCUGAUAACCCGGACAACUACCAUGUCCUCGGGUUCUUCUCCAAAGAAAAACUAUCCUGGGACGCAAAUAAUCUCGCAUGUAUUUGUAUCUUUCCGCCUUACCAACACAGACAACUUGGUAAACUCCUGAUGGGGGUAAGCUACAAACUCAGUGGAUGGGAUUCACCUGGUGGAUACAUCGGUGGUCCAGAGAAACCAUUGAGUGAUCUCGGUCAGAAGAGUUACAAUCGGUUUUGGGCUGAGCGAAUCGCGAGAUACGUACUACGCGGAAAACGUGGAGAAGAGUCCGAGAACAAUCAUGCAAACCCAAGCACCCCGUCAAAACGGAAGAAAAUACAGCGUGAAACCAUGACCGUUGAAGAGAUUGGCCUUGCCACUGGAAUGUUGACAGAGGACGUGAUUACUGCUGUCAAGAGUAUGAAUGUUGCCCAGCCUGAGAAGAAACGUACGAUGAGUCGGCUCAUGGGCGAAGCGGAAGCUGAACAGGGUCCCAAGAUGAUGAUCCGCAAAUCAGACGUGUGGGAAUGGGCGAAAAAGCAUCAUCUCUCACUGGAUGACCCUGUGAAAGAAGAUGGAUUUGUGGGGAUGCCUAAGUCCAGGAGCUUGUCUGAAAAUGAGGAAAGUGGCUCAGAGGAAAACUGA